AUGACACGCGCUCAGCAGACUGUCUCCAUCCUCCUCCUCGUCUCCUCCCUCUACCUCUCCCUCUACCUCGGCCUGGUCCCCCUGAACGAGACCGUCCAGACCGAGAUCAUUCCCGUGUUGCCCUUCUAUGCGCUCAUUGUUUUCGGCUGUUACCUCCUCGGCCGCCUCGGUGUCGCGAUCUUCACUUUCAACGACGUCCCCGAGGCUCACGCUGAGUUGCAGAAGGAGAUUGAAUUGGCCAAGGUUGAGCUGCGCAAGGGCAAUGUCGAGGUGGACUAA